AUGGCUGUCUACGAUCCACCCACCACACGAAAGCGACCUGCGGACAUGGACGAGAUCAACGAAACUCCAGGUGCCUACGACAUGAUCAUACCCGCUCACAUCGACUCGCCAACACCCAAUAAGCCCACCUCACAGCGCGGUCGCUUUAUCCUUCAUCCUCCCCGUCGUGUCACCUCUCCUCCACCUCCCACUCCAAUCGCUUCGCCCAAUCUCGAAGAGGACCAGCACAUGGCUCUCCCGGUAGCUAUCAAGAUCGCCCAAGACAAAUUGUCCGCCUUGCGCUGCGGUUCACCCACAACUCCUGCCGAAGACGACAUCCCAGACCGAGACGAAAACAUGACAUGGCACGAAGACGAAAUCACUGGACACAACAUCGACUACACCGCCGACGACGACGGCGAAGGGAUCAACGGCAUCGGCUUCAUACCAACACCCCAGAUGGUCACCAAGCGCUCCGAAUGGCGCCGUCGCCAGAUCCUGGAAUGGCGCGCUCGCGAGUCCAAGGAAGCAAGACAGCGCCGUUACGAUAAGCGCAAGACUUCCCACCGAGACUCAGCCAUCUCGCUUGACGAGGGAGCCUCUUUCAAGCGCCGUAUGGUUAGAUUUGCUGAAGUCUAA